GCAGUACCCAGACUGAGACAGUCCCGCCAGCUGACAGACAACAACACAGCAGCAGCAGAAGCACGCGGCAGCGGCACGGCACUCACGGCACCUCAUCACCAUGCCCACUGUGUCUGUCAACAGGGCGGCGCUGUUCAAGGCCAUAGGACGGGAAUACAGUGAUGAAGAAUUUGAUGACUUAUGCUUCAAGUUUGGACUGGAGAUUGAUGACAUAGUAGAUGACCCAGACAAGGGGAUGACCUACAAGAUAGAGAUCGGUGCCAAUCGCUAUGACCUGCUGUGCAUCGAGGGCAUCGCACGCACUCUUCGAGUCUUCUUGGGCCUGGAGACCCUCCCCAAGUUCCAGGUGCUGCCAGCCAAGGACCCAGCCCAGUACAAGCUGAUUGUCAAGCCAGCUGUUGCUCAGGUGCGGCCGUACGUCGUCGGUGCUGUCCUGCGUAACAUCAAGUUCACCCAGGCCAUGUAUGACUCCUUCAUUGACCUGCAGGACAAGCUGCACCACAAUAUUGCUAGGAAGCGAACAUUGGUGGCCAUCGGCACUCAUGACCUGGACACCAUCACCGGCCCAUUCAUUUAUGAUGCACAACCCCCAAAGGAGAUCUCGUUCGUGCCCCUCAACCAGACUGAAGUGUUCCGGUCUGAUGUGCUGCUGGAAAAGUACACGCAGGACCUUCACCUCAGGGAGUUUGUGCCAAUCAUCAAGGACAAGCCGGUGUACCCAGUGAUCCUGGACCAGAAGGGCGUGGUGCUGUCCCUGCCUCCCAUCAUCAACGGCAACCAUUCCAAGAUCACCCUCAACACUCGCAAUGUCUUCAUUGAGUGCACUGCCACCGACCGACACAAGGCACAGAUUGUGCUGGACACCCUCAUCUGCAUGUUCUCAGGCUACUGUGAGAAACCCUUCACUGCAGAGGCUGUGCAGGUUGAAUACCCAGAUGGAGAGAAGAUCCAGUACCCCACUCUACAGUACCGGCAGCAGGAGACGUCUGUGUCGUACUGCAACGUGCUGACGGGAGUGGAGGAGAGUGCGGAGAGCAUGGCGAAGCUCCUCCAGUCCAUGAGUCUGUCUGCCAAACCCACCGGACCAGACACCCUGAUGGUUGAGGUUCCUCCCACAAGGUAUGACGUCUUACAUGCAUGUGACGUAGCGGAGGACUUUGCCGUGGCUUAUGGCUAUGACCGCCUGAGAGAAGACAUGCACCUGCCCUCCACUAGCACCAUUGGCCAGGAGUUUGAGCUCAAUUACCUCAGUGACAAGAUGAGGUUGCUGCUCUCCCAGAAUAACUACAUCGAGGUUGCCACAUUCUCUCUCUGCUCCAAGUCGGACAUGGGAGAGAAGAUGAAAAUCAACCUGGACAAGGAGCCGUGGGUGAAGAUUGGCAACCCAAAGACAAUGGACUUUGAGGCGCUACGCAUCAGCCUCCUGCCGGGCAUCCUCAAGACUGUGGCUGCCAACAAGCAUGUCUCGCUGCCCCUCCGCAUGUUUGAGGUUGCUGAUGUGGUGGUGAAGGACAGCUGCCCCAUCGCCACCCGGGGGACGGGAGCUCGCAACAAGCGCCACCUGUGUGCCAUCAACUACAAUGUGAAGGCUGGCAUGGAGGUGGUUCAGGGCCUGCUGGACAACAUUAUGGUGGCUCUCAAGGUGCCAUUCACAGAGGAUGGCUCCACCAAGGGAUACUACUUGGAGGGGAAAGACUACCCAAGUUUCUUCCCCGGCUUCGGUGCAACGGUGGUAGUGAAUGGGUCCCCUGUGGGUUGCUUGGGGCUCAUCCACCCCGAGGUCGUGACCAGCUUCAACCUCAACAAUCCUGCAUCUGUGUUAGAAAUUGACCUUCAGAAAGUAAUGGAAAUAACAGACUUUGGUCACUAACAUUUGUAAACAAAGAAAUAACUUAGUUAAUUUAUACAUUGUUACAUCAUGUAUUUAUGGGUUUUCAAGAUGCUACACUUGAGGAUGCAUCUGAAUAUUUAAAAGCACUUUUGAGAAAA